GGCGACUCCUCUCCAGGCUGGCGGGGCCCGGCCGCGAGCCCCGGGCCCCCGAGGCCGCGCUUGCCUGCGCGCUCUGAGCGUUCGCAAGUUUCGAGCAAAGUUUGGUGGAGCAAACGCCAAGCCUGAGUCUUUUCUUCCUCUCGCUCCCCAAGCCGAGGGCAGCCCGCGGGCGUCAUGCCCGCGCUGCUCCGCAGCCCGGGGUGCGCGUGAAGCCUCGGAGCCUCCACGCCGGCGAGGACCCCAGGACCAUUUUUUGUUGGUUUCCCCCGAUCUCGUCGCUUGCUGCAUCCCGACCCACGCCGGGCACGGGGACAGAACCGAUCGCCGAGGAGCGUUGCCAUUCAAGAGGCUGCAGCAGCAGCAGAAGCAGCAGCAGGACUGGCAGUGGCUACCGCAGCCCCUUGCUUCCUGAGCCCACCGCAGGCUUGAAGGCAUUGCUGGCAGUCCAUGCUCGUAGCGGAAGUGUGCAGAUGGGAUUAACGUCCACAUGGAGAUAUGGAAGAGGACGGGGCGUUGGCACCGUAACCAUGGUCAGCUGGGGUCGCUUCAUCUGCCUGGUUGUGGUCACCAUGGCAACCUUGUCCCUGGCCCGGCCCUCCUUCAAUUUAGUUGAAGAUACCACGUUAGAGCCGGAAGAGCCACCAACCAAAUACCAAAUCUCCCAACCAGAAGUUUACGUGGCUGCGCCCGGGGAGUCACUAGAGUUGCGCUGCCUGUUGAGAGAUGCCACCGUGAUCAGUUGGACUAAGGAUGGGGUACACUUGGGGCCCAGCAAUAGGACAGUGCUUAUUGGGGAAUACUUGCAGAUAAAAGGUGCCACGCCUAGAGACUCCGGCCUCUAUGCUUGUACUGCUGCUAGGACUGUAGACAGUGAGACUGUCUACUUCAUGGUGAAUGUCACAGAUGCCAUCUCAUCCGGCGAUGACGAGGAUGACACAGAUGGCUCCGAGGAUUUUGUCAGUGAGAACAGUAACAGCAAGAGAGCACCAUACUGGACCAACACAGAAAAGAUGGAAAAGCGACUGCAUGCCGUCCCUGCAGCCAAUACUGUCAAGUUUCGCUGUCCAGCUGGGGGGAAUCCAACACCAACUAUGAGGUGGCUGAAAAACGGGAAAGAAUUUAAGCAGGAGCAUCGCAUCGGAGGCUAUAAGGUACGAAACCAGCACUGGAGCCUCAUUAUGGAAAGCGUGGUCCCAUCCGACAAAGGGAAUUAUACCUGUGUGGUAGAGAAUGAGUAUGGCUCCAUCAAUCACACCUACCACCUCGACGUCGUUGAGCGAUCGCCACACCGGCCCAUCCUCCAAGCUGGACUGCCAGCAAAUGCCUCCACCGUGGUCGGAGGUGACGUGGAGUUUGUCUGCAAAGUUUACAGUGAUGCCCAGCCCCACAUCCAGUGGAUCAAACAUGUGGAAAAAAACGGCAGUAAAUAUGGGCCUGAUGGGCUGCCCUACCUCAAGGUUCUAAAGGCCGCCGGUGUUAAUACCACGGACAAAGAGAUUGAGGUUCUCUAUAUUCGGAAUGUAACUUUUGAGGAUGCUGGGGAAUAUACGUGCUUGGCGGGUAAUUCUAUUGGGAUCUCCUUUCACUCUGCAUGGUUGACAGUUCUGCCAGCUCCCGUAAGAGAAAAGGAGAUUACAGCUUCCCCAGACUACCUGGAGAUAGCCAUUUACUGCAUAGGGGUCUUCUUAAUCGCCUGUAUGGUGGUGACGGUCAUCCUGUGCCGAAUGAAGACCACGACCAAGAAGCCGGACUUCAGCAGCCAGCCGGCUGUGCACAAGCUGACCAAGCGCAUCCCCUUGCGGAGACAGGUUUCUGCCGAGUCCAGCUCCUCCAUGAACUCCAACACCCCGCUGGUGAGGAUAACAACACGCCUCUCCUCAACAGCAGAUACCCCCAUGCUGGCAGGGGUCUCUGAGUACGAACUGCCGGAAGAUCCAAAAUGGGAGUUUCCAAGAGAUAAGCUGACGCUGGGCAAACCUCUGGGGGAAGGUUGCUUUGGGCAAGUGGUCAUGGCUGAAGCAGUGGGAAUCGACAAAGAGAAGCCCAAGGAAGCAGUCACUGUGGCCGUGAAGAUGUUGAAAGAUGAUGCCACAGAGAAGGACCUUUCUGAUCUGGUAUCAGAGAUGGAGAUGAUGAAAAUGAUUGGAAAACACAAAAAUAUCAUAAAUCUUCUCGGAGCCUGUACUCAGGAUGGCCCCCUCUACGUCAUAGUUGAGUAUGCCUCGAAAGGUAACCUCCGUGAAUACCUCCGAGCCCGGAGGCCGCCUGGGAUGGAGUACUCCUAUGACAUUAACCGUGUUCCCGAGGAGCAGAUGACCUUCAAGGACUUGGUGUCCUGCACCUACCAGUUGGCCAGAGGCAUGGAGUACCUGGCCUCCCAAAAAUGUAUUCAUCGAGAUUUAGCAGCCAGAAAUGUUUUGGUAACAGAAAACAAUGUGAUGAAAAUAGCAGACUUUGGACUGGCCAGAGAUAUCAACAAUAUAGACUAUUACAAAAAGACCACAAAUGGGCGACUUCCCGUCAAGUGGAUGGCUCCAGAAGCUCUUUUUGAUCGAGUGUACACCCAUCAGAGUGAUGUCUGGUCCUUCGGGGUGUUGAUGUGGGAGAUCUUCACGUUAGGGGGCUCGCCUUACCCAGGGAUUCCCGUGGAGGAACUUUUUAAGCUGCUUAAGGAAGGACACAGGAUGGACAAGCCGGCAAACUGCACCAACGAACUGUACAUGAUGAUGAGGGACUGUUGGCAUGCAGUGCCCUCCCAGAGACCGACGUUCAAGCAGUUGGUGGAAGACUUGGACCGAAUUCUCACUCUCACAACCAAUGAGGAAUACUUGGACCUCAGUCAGCCUCUCGAACAGUAUUCUCCUAGUUACCCUGACACAAGGAGUUCAUGUUCUUCAGGAGAUGAUUCUGUUUUCUUGUGUUACGACCCAUGCCUUCCUCAGUAUCCACACAUAAACGGCAGUGUUAAAACAUGAAUGAGCUUGUCUGCCUGUCCCCAAAUAGGACAGCACCAGGAACCUAGCUACACUGAGCAAGGAGGCCAUGCCUCCAGGAGCUUGUCUCCGCUUGUAUAUAUGGAUCAGAGGAGUAAAUAAUUGGAAAAGUAAUCGGCACACAUGUAAAGAAUUUAUACAGUUGGAACUUGUAAUCUUCACCAGGAGAAGAAGAAUGUUUCUGGGGCAAUGAACUGCCAUGGGCCCCCACGCGCCCAUGACCCACUGUGGGUACUGGCUGUGGACCAGCCGGACUCAAGGCAAACAUACGUUCUGCCUUCCUUGUGAAUUUUGUAAUAAUUGGAGAAAAUAUAUGUCAGCACACACUUACAGAGCACAAUUGCAGUAUAUAGGUGCUGGAUGUAUGUAAAUAUAUUCAAAUUAUGUAUAAAUAUAUAUUAUAUAUUUACAAGGAAUUAUUUUUUGUAUUGAUUUUAAAUGGAUGUCUCAAUGCACCUAGAAAAUUGGUUUCUGUUUUUUUAAUAGCUAUUUGCUAAAUGCUGUUCUUACACAGAAUUUCUUAAUUUUCACCAAGCAGAGGUGGAAAAGUACUUUUGCUUUCAGGGAAAAUGGUGUAACAUUAAUUUAUUAAUGAAUUGGUAAUAUACAAAACAAUUAAUCAUUUAUAGUGUUUUUUUGUAAUUUAAGUGGCAUUUCUAUGCAGGCAGCGCAUCAGACUAGUUAAUCGAUUGCUUGGACUUAACUAGUUAUCAGAUCCUUUGAAAAGAAAUAUUUACAGGAUGUGACUAAUUUGCAGAAAGUGAAAUUUUGAUUUAUUUGUGUUUAAACUCUGCUGUCAGAUAAUUGUUCUUAAACCAUCUAAAUGCCCAUAUUAAAAGAACCCAUUAAUAAGAAGGUGUUUUGUUUGGGUAUGCAGCUCUGUCGUUGGGCCCCUGUAAGGUUGAACUGGACUUCUCAAGACAAAUGGUACCAGCGUCCUCUUAAAAAAGAUGCCUUAAUCCGUUCCUUGAGGAUGGACCUUAGUUGAGAGGAUAGCAGAAUGUACUUCUCUCUGGCAGCUGGCCUUCUGCCCCUGAGUUGAACAUUAAUCAGAUUAGCCUGUAUUCUCUUCACUGAAUUUUGAUAAUGGCUUCCAGAUUCAUUGGCAGUGGAGAAGCCUUUUAGGAUCUUCACGUCUCAUCAUAGAAAAUUGAAACACUGAGUCGUUCUGCUGAUAGUUGUGGGGAUCCUUCCAUCUUUUUAGGGAUUGCUUCCGUCUAAUUCUGGCAGGACCUCACCAACAGAUCUGGCCUAAUACCAAUGUCAGACAGAAUAUCGUCAUGUUGUUCGUUCCGUUUUAAAGUAUUGUGUUUUGCUUUCAAAACACCUACUCACUUUCUUAUAGCCAUGCAACAUGAAUGCAGAUUACACUGAUUUUACGUGUUACGAAAUUGGAGAAAGUAUUUAAUAAAACCUGUUAAUUUUUAUACUGACAAUAAAAAUGUUUCUACAGA